GCACCCGGCGGCCGCAGCCCCGACGGCCCCGGCGUCCUGGUCGCCAACCCCGGGCUCCGGGUGCCGGCGGGCCGCGCGCUCUGGCUCGACCCGCGCCGCGACCUGGUGAUUCGCGUGCGGCCGGGGGACCGCUGCGAGGUGCGGGUGCUGGACCCCCCGCCGCCGCGCCCGGGCGCGCUCGCCCCGCGCCGCUUCCCCUGCGCCUUCGGGCCCCGGCAGGUGCGCUACACGCACUUCGGCUCCCGCGGCCCGCGGCGCGCCCGGGUGCGGCUGCAGCUGCGCUACGACGCCCCGACUUGCACGCUGGCGCUGCCCUUCGCGCUGGCCGUGGCCGUGGACUUCUCCCCGCCGGCGCUGGUGGCGCGCAACAGGCCUCUGCGGGUGGACGGGCCGCGGGGCCGGAGCCGCGCCAUCGACGGCGGGGUGCUGCGCUUCGCCUCCCCGGACGCCGGGGUCCCGGCCCCCCGCAGGUGCCGCCUCACGCCCCUCCCGCCCGAGGCCGGCCCGCUGCCCAGGUAUGGGCGUUUGGUGGACGCCGCGGGAGCCCCGCUCCCCAGGGGCCGGAGCAUGGACUGCCAGGCGUUCCUCCGGGCUGGGGUGCGCUACCAGCACACGGCCGCCGCCCCCUCGCCCGCCCUGGACUAUGUGCCGCUGGUGGCGGAGCUGCUGGGCCCGCUGGACCAAGGCGCUGGGCCCAUGGAGGCGCCGCUCCGCGAGCACUUUCAGCUGCAGGUGAGGAUCCGCCAGGGAUCCCAGAACACGGCGCCCAGGCCAAGCGCCGGGGCCCAGAUGACCAUGGAAGUGGAUCAGCUCCAGCUGACAGCCUUGACGCCCGAGGCCCUGGCUGCCGAGGACCUGGAGUCAGACCCUGACGACCUGGUCUUCCACCUUCUCAGCGGCCCCACCGCCACGCCCGCGCACCCGGGUGUCCAGGGCUGCCUGGUCAGCACCGACGACCCCCUGGGCCUUCCAGUGUCCUUCUUCACCCAGAGGGAGCUGCGGGAACUGAAGAUCGCCUAUCAGCCCCCCACAGAGACGCUGCAUGGGGAGCGCCUCUUCCAGCUGGACCUGCAGGUGGUGGACGAAGAUGGUGCCAGCUCUGCCCCCUUUGCCUUUGUGGUGGUGGUGAAGGCCGUGGACGCCAUGGCCCCGAGAGCUACCUAUGCUGGGGGACUGGUGCUUUUUGAAGGUCAGUCAAGGCCGCUGUCCAGUCAGGGCGGCCUCCACAUCAGUGAUAAAGAUAACCUGGAAGAGGUGGAAGUGACAGUGGUCGGAGGCUUGAGGCACGGGCAGCUGGUGGUGCUGGGGGCGCCCCGGGCAUGCAGACACUUCACCCCCGCGGACCUGGCUGCAGGGCGGGUGCUGUACCGCCAUGACGGCAGCGACACCUCCAGUGACAACAUCGUCUUCAGGAUGGAGGACGGGCAGCACCAGGUGGACUUCCUCUUCCCGCUCAGCAUCAUCCCUGUGGAUGACCAGCCACCAACUGUCGAUGCCAACACCGGGCUCUCAGUGACGGAAGGGCAGGUGGUCCGCAUCACCCCCUUCGUGCUGAGUGCCACGGAUGUGGACUCCGAGGACUCGACCAUCCACUUUGUGCUGGAGGAGCUGCCACCAGAGCAAAGGGGCGAAGAAAGGGGGCGGCAUCUGACCCCUGGUUCCACCCACUCAAGUCCGCCUCUGGGGGAGAUGCUGCUGAGGCAGGCUGAGCCACCUCUGUUCCCCGAAGACUGGGAUUUUGUGGAAAAAGAUGGAAUUUAUGAGAAAGUAGUGACGGAGUGGCUUCAGCAAGAUAUUAUAAGAGGGAGACUCUUCUUCCGCCAUCUGGGGCCCCACAGCUCUCAGUCUGUAACGGCCCAGCUGGCUUUCCGGGUGCAUGAUGACCAUGACCCGCCUAAUCUGUCCAACCGGCACUUUUUCCCCAUCAAGGUCCAACCCUUGGAUCUGCAGAGGCCAGAGCUGUUUCCAGGAACUAGCCUAGAAAUGACCGUGCAGCAAUACCAGCUCACUCACUUCCGGAAGGAGUCCCUCCAGUACACUGACCAGGACUCGGACAACCGGAGCCUCCGCUACACCCUACUCACACGCCCAAUGGACACCGAUGGCAACUGCCAAGUCCAGGCUGGAGAAAUUGUGUUCACCGAUUCACCAGACAUGCCCAUUUUGCACUUCACCCAGGCCCAGGUCAAUCACCUCAAAGUGGCCUACCAGCCCCCCAAGAAGCUGGGUAUUGUACCCCGGGUUGUGCAGUUCACCUACGAGGUGGAGGAUGCUGCAGGCAAUAGUGUGCCAGGGACGUUCACAUUGUUCCUGAAGCCCAUGGACAACCAGCCCCCAGAAGUCACCAACAGAGGCUUCACUGUCGUAGAGGGAGGAAGCUUUACCCUCAGCAGCAAUGAGCUGGCCGUCACAGACCCCGACACAGACACUGACCAAAUUGUCUUCGUGUUACUUUGGGGGCCCCAGCAUGGACACUUGCAGUACUUGGGAAAGAGCAUGGUCCCAGGGGACUCUUUCAGGCAAGCUGAUAUUGCCAAUGGGAGUGUCUCUUACCAGCACCGCGGAGAGCAGGCUGCCAGUGACACCUUGCAUCUGGAGGUGAGUGAUGGGGUGCACCAAGUCCCCGUCACUGUCCAGAUUGCUGUGCACCCCAUGGUGAAUGACAGAAGCCCCAGGAUCUCUAUCACAGGGAGCCCGUUGUUACACGUUUCCGUGGAUGUGUUGGAGAACAGAGCCACGGAGAUCACCAUGGGCACCAUCCAUGACAAAAAGAAGGGCACAGGGCACUUGAUGUUAUCUUUCAUUGUGGAGGAUGCCCCCAAACUGGGCAUCCUUCUGGUCAACGGUGUACCCACAGAACGAUUCACCCAGGAGGACCUCAUCAGCGGGGCCGUCAUCUAUGCUCACACCGGGGGUGAGCUUGGCCUACAGCAGCAGCGUGAUGCCUUCAGCCUCGUGCUCUCCAAGAAUUCUUAUCAGUGGGUUGUGGGGGACAGUAUAGUAGAGAGAGUGCAGGUCCAGGUGGUUGUACUGCCUGUGGACAAUGCGGCCCCCAAGGUCUUGGUGGGGGAAUCCUAUGUUGUUAAGGAAGGUGGAAAGAACCCCCUGACCUUCCAACAUCUCAGCAUUGAAGACAUAGACACCCCCCAAGAUGAGAUCCUGUGCACGGUGACUAGUCAGCCAGCCUCCGGUUACCUGGAAAACAUCGCGCCAGCUCCUGGCUCAGAGGUGUCCCGGGCUGGCAGCCCCAUCAGUGCCUUUGCUGUUAGAGAUAUCCGGAUGAGGCACAUCAACUAUGUGCAGAGUCUCCACAAGCGGGUGGAGCCACAAGAAGACCAAUUCACCUUUCAUUGCUCCGAUGGCAUCAACUCCUCCCCCUGUGUCUUCUUCCCUAUAGUCGUCCUGCCCACCAAUGAUGAGCAGCCUGAGCUUUUUGCCCGUGAGUUUGUGGUCUUGGAGGGGCUGAGCCUGGUCAUCGACACCCCACUGCUCGAUGCAGCAGAUGCUGACUUACCACCAGAUGACCUGUGCUUUCAGCUCACAGCCCUGCCCCGGCACGGCCGGAUCCUGCAGCAGCUGGCCACUGGCAGCCGGCCCGUGCACAGGUUCUCCUUACGGGAGAUCCAGGAGGCCUCCACCAUCGUGUAUGAGCACGACGAUUCUGAGACCACAGAGGACAGUUUCGAGGUCUGGCUGAGUGACGGCAAGCACGCUGCCCACAGGACAGUCCCCAUCGUGGUGAUCCUGGUGGAUGAUGAGACACCCCGGCUGAGCAUCAAUGAUGCGCUGGAAGUCAAGGCUGGCCACACUGAGGUCAUCACCAAUCAGGUCCUCAAGGCCACGGAUCUUGACUCUGAUGAUAAGAGCCUCAGUUUUGUCCUCCGUUUUGGGCCUCAACACGGGCUUUUGCAGCGACUGAGAAAACCCGGCGGGGCGGUAAGGAACAACUUCACGUCAGGGAUGAACUUCACCCAGGAUGAGAUAGACAGAGGCCUCAUCUGUUACACCCACGUGGGCCAAGCAGGAGUUCCUGACCUUAUCAAGUUCGACGUGACCGAUGGCAUUAACCCUUUGAUUGACCAAGAUUUCCACAUCAGCAUUGGCAGUGUCGAUCGAGACUCCCGUGGGCUGGCCAGCCAAAGGGUCACCUUGACAAAAGGUGGCAGAGUGGCCCUCACCACUGAUCACCUUGGUACCAGUGACAUCAACAGUCUUGAUGAACAGCUUCACUUUACAUUAACUCAGGCUCCACGCCUGGGGCACCUGGAGAGUUUGCAGCACCCUGGGGAGCCCAUUGCAACCUCCACUCAGCUGCCAUUGGCUGACAACAAAAUAGUCUACACCCACACUUCAAACGAUGAGAUAAAAAUGGACAGCUUUGAAUUGCAAGUGACCGAUGGACACAGCACCGUGUCCCGAGCCUUCAAGAUCUUCAUCACAGAUGGAGAUAGAAAGAAACCUCUCUUGACCACCCAUAAACUCAACCUGCAAAAGGGGGAAAGCAAACUGAUCACCCCCUUUGAGUUGACGGUCGAAGACAAGGACACCCCAGAUGAUCGCCUCCUCUUUACCAUUGCCCAGGCCCCCACGCAUGGCAGGGUGCUGUAUAAUGGAAGCCAUCCUGUGGCCACCUUCACCAAGCAGGACCUGAAUGAGAACCUGAUCAGCUACUGGCACGACGGCAGUGAGACGACAGAGGACAGUUUCUCCUUGACCGUGACAGAUGACCCCCAGGCUGCCCCCCAUGUCUUCCCAGACGUUGCCCAGGGGACACACGAACCUCAGGUAAUGAGGAUCGACAUCAGCUCAGGAAACAGGAGGCUCCCCAAGAUGACCAUUAAUAAGGGGGCCCAAGUCUUAAAGCGCCUAAACACUGGGCACAUGGGCUGUCUGAUUACCAGCAAGUCUCUGAAGGCAGAGAACCAGGACAGUCCCCAGAGGCUCCUGAAGUACCAAGUGAGCAGAGCACCAGUGCACGGCUUCAUUGUCAAUACUGGCCUUGGAAACGAAAGCACAGGGGUGUUCACACAGGCUGAUGUUGAUGAGAUGAGAAUCCUCUACGUCUUGAAAGAGGGCAGCAAUGCAACAAAGGACACCUUCUACUUCUCCGUGGAAGACGGCGGGGGAAAUAAGCUAACAAAUCAGCCCUUCCGUCUACACUGGGCUUGGAUUUCCUUGGAGAAGCCCUACUACAUUGUGGAUGAAGACGCUGUGUUCCUAGAAGUGAGCCUCGCACGCAGAGGAUACCUUGGAGAAGCCUCCUUCAUCAGCAUUGUAACCAAAGACGAAACUGCAAAAAAAGAUAAAGAUUUUAAAGAAAAGACCCAGAAACCCAUCCGGUUCAGUCCUGGACAGACCGCAGCCACGUGGAGAGUGAGAAUCCUACCUGACAAUGAAUAUGAGGUUUCGGAGACCUUCCAGAUCCUUCUGUUGGACCCUCUCAUGGCUGCCCUGGAGUUUCCGGAAAUGGCAACUGUUGAAAUUGUAGACCCUGGAGAUGAAUCAACAGUUUAUAUUCCAGAAGCAGAAUACAGAGUUGAGGAGGCUGUGGGGGAGCUUUUGAUUCCUGUGAGACGGUCUGGGGAUGCGAGUCGGGAACUGACAGUCGUGUGCUCCACGCACCAAGGUUCUGCCACAGGCUCGGUUCCUUCCUCGGCGUCCUCUCUCUCUGACUACAUCUCACGCCCAAAAGACCACAGCAGCCUCCUCCACUUUGACAAGGACGAGGUUGAGAAGUUCUGCCGGGUCCUGAUCAUCGACGACUCCCUCUAUGAAGAAGAGGAAUCCUUCAGCGUUUCCCUGGGCCUGCCGGUGGGAGGGCAGCUGGGAGCCACAUUCCCCUCCGCCAAGGUGGUGAUCCUGGCCGAUGGAGGUGACGAGCCUGCCCUGCGCUUCGGGGAUGCCGAGUACCACGUGGAUGGACACGCCGGCUCCGUGGAGGUCAGUGUCCGGAGGACAGGCGCUGACCUCUCCCAAGCGGCCUCCGUCACCGUGCGGUCCAGGAAGACGGAGCCCGGCUCCGCAGAAGCUGGAGUCGAUUAUGUUGGCAUCAGCCGAAAUCUGGACUUUGCUCCAGGAGUCCAGGUGCAGACACUGCAAGUGACCAUCCUCGACGACCCAGAAGAGCCGGUCCUGGAAGGGCCUAAGAGAUUUGAGCUACUUCUCCAGAAGCCUGUGGGUGCGGUGCUUGGAGCACCGGAGAAAAGCACCAUCUUCAUCCACGACACCCUCCCUGACUAGAAGCAGAGUCAGAAGUUCUGUCGAUUGAAAAACUUUUAGGUGGACUAAAUCGUCAAGACACAUCUCCUAACAACAGAAGGAAAUUUUACUGUUUCUAGAUCUUAGCAACCCUGGCAUAGCAACAAUACUGUCCUGUCGUUGGUCUUCCGAUGUUCUGGUGGCGUGUGUAGAUGUAGG